AUGGUCCCUCGUUCAGCAUCAAUAGCCUUCUUCUGCCUCAUCGCAUCUACCCUCGCGGCAUCACCAGGCCUUCCUUUCGUCAUCAAUACCUGGGGGGGUGACUUUACAGCCGCAACAAAUGCCGCCUUCCUCGCUCUCCAGCGCGACAGCGCAUCAUCCCUCGACGCCGUCGAGAUCGGCUGCUUGACAUGCGAGCGCAAUCAGUGUGACGGAAGUGUAGGGUAUGGAGGUUCACCCGACGAAGCCUGCGAAACAACCCUCGACGCAAUGAUCAUGGACGGCACCACGAUAAACUCGGGAGCUGUCGCUGCUCUUCGUAGGGUUCGCGAUGCUAUUUCCGUUGCGAGACAUGUUCUUCAGCACACGACGCAUUCUAUGCUUGCGGGUGAUCAAGCGACCGAGUUUGCCCUUCAGAAUGGCUUCAAGGCUGAGAAUCUCACGACUGCUGGAUCAGCGGAGAAGUGUCGGACUUGGAAGGAGGACAAUUGCCAGCCGAAUUAUCGAGUCAACGUGAGCCCAAACCCAUCAGCCUCUUGUGGUCCGUAUGAACCUCAAUUGGGAGACCCAAGUCCACGCUCAAAGCAAGUCUCACACGACACGCUCUCUCUAAUUGCUAUCCACACGGAAGGCUCAAUGGCAGCUGGAACAACGACCAAUGGCGCGUCUCAUAAGAUCCCCGGCCGCGUCGGCGACGGACCUAUCGUCGGUAGUGGUUCCUACGUCGAUGGCGAUGUCGGAGGAUGCGGCGCCACAGGCGAUGGAGACGUCAUGAUGCGAUUCCUACCUUGCUACCAGGCUGUCGAGAACCUGCGACGAGGCAUGUCACCGACAGAAGCUGCUGAGGAUGUGGUUCUACGAAUGCUGCGCAAGUAUCCAGAUAUUUCGAGUGGAAUUGUGGUGGUAGACAAGCAUGGCGAGCACGGCGCUGCUGGCAGUGGGUGGACCUUUACCUACAGCUACAGAGGGGGAAGCAUGGAUAAGACCGAGGUCAUCACGGUGCCACCUGUGAAGCUAUCUCGGGCAGAACUAUGA